GGCUCUAAUUAGUCAGUCUCACGGGGAGGGGCCAGUUGACCUCACGCUGGCCUGGACUCUGCGGCCAUUUAGCCGGUUCCCUUUUCAGUGGAGGCCGCGCUGCAUUCCAAGUCCUCGAGGUGGGGGGAGCGGUACUUCCCGGAACUUGAGGAAGGGCGUUUACUCAGCUGAUAAAGCCAACUCCAGCGUGAAAUUGAGGGCCUCCAUUACCGAAGGAGAUGCGCGCGCCCGUGCCAGAGCCCCAGCCCGGAGACCUGAUCGAGAUUUUCCGCCCUUUCUACAGACACUGGGCCAUCUACGUUGGUAAUGGAUAUGUGAUCCACCUGGCCCCACCAAGUGAAAUCGCAGGAGCUGGGAUGGCCAGUCUCAUGUCUGCGCUGACCGACAAGGCCAUAGUGAGGAAGGAUCGGCUGUGCGACGUGGCCGGGAGAGACCGGUACCAGGUCAACAAUAAGCACGAUGACAAGUACUCGCCGUUGCCUCCCAACAAGAUUGUCCAGCAGGCAGAGGAGCUGGUGGGCCAGGAAGUUCUCUACAAGCUGACCAGCGAGAACUGCGAGCACUUUGUCAACGAGCUGCGCUACGGGAUCCCCCGCAGUGACCAGGUCAGAGAUGCCAUCAUGGUAGCUGGCAUCGCAGGAGUGGGCCUGGCAGCCAUGGGCCUCAUUGGAAUCAUGUUCUCAAGAAACAAGAAACAAAAGCAAUGACUUGAAGGGACUCUCUUGUCAGCAGUGAAUUUAUGCAUUAAGGGGGCCUUCUUUGCUAGAGGGUUUGAGGUUUGGUUUGUGGAUUUAUUCUGUUUUACAAUAAGGCUUAUUUUUCACAGAAUAAAAUAAAGCCCAAUGAAGGAGGAUUUUAUUGGGGGAAGUGCAGCAAGAA